AUGUCCACAACCCGCCUCCCCUCCCUCACCAACACCACCCUCUUCUCCAACCUCCCCCCACCAAGCGAAUGCCUCGCCAUCCUCCUCGGCCUCGCCGAACUCACCGCCUUCGGCCUAACAGGCCUCACCGACCCAACCACCUUCUCCACAAACCACGGCCUGCCCAUCCAAACCACGCAACAACCACAACAACACACCUCAGAAACGACCACGAAACGCGCCCUGGUCCAAGCCAUCGCCGCACGGAACGUCCAGAACGGCGCCCUGUUGCUGACGCUGGCGUUGUACACGCGGGAUCGCACGGCGCUGGGGAUUGCGGUGGGGUUGGGCGUCGUUACGACGUUGGCGGAUACGUUGAUUGUGAGGGCGAAUGGGGUCAAGGAUACGGUGGCGUUUCAUGCGGUGGGGAUUGUGAAUUCGGUGUUGCUUGGGGGGAGUUUGUUGUGGUGGGGUAGGGAGGAUAGGUUUUUUAAGUGA